GGAGCGCAGGUCUAUAAAUUCGCGAGGUCCAGAUGAGCGGAACCACUCUCUGAGCUGCUGGAGACUGAGUGGACACAGUAGGGCAGAAAGCAUUUUAUCUAAGGAAUGAUGGAGCCCGGAUUGGGGAUUGCUCAGCAUAUAAGGCAAGUGCUGCUUUUCUUUGUUUUCCUGGAAGGAUCCUUAGUUUUUUCCGAGACCUGGAGGUACUCUGUGGCAGAAGAAAUGGAGACUGGCUUCACUAUAGCCAAUAUAAUUAAAGACAUGGGCGUGGGUGAUCUGGCUGCACGGAGGGCCAGAGUUAUAUUUGAUGUGCAUCAGCCUUAUUUGCGGUUAGAACUUGAGACAGGCAACUUGCUCUUGAAUGAAAAACUGGACAGGGAGGCACUUUGUGCUAGCAGUGAACCCUGUAUAUUGCAUUUCCAGGUGUUAUUGGAAAAUCCUUUGCAGUUUUUUCAGGCUGAGCUUUUGGUUGAAGACAUAAAUGAUCAUACUCCCACGUUUCUAGAAAAACUCUUAAUUCUAAAUAUCUCAGAAGGUGCUACUCCAGGAACAUCAUUCCAAAUGGAUACUGCUCAGGACUUGGAUAUAGGGGUGAAUGGUAUACAAAACUAUACAAUAAGCCCCAACCCCUAUUUCUACAUUAAGUUAAAAGACAGUGGUAAAGGAAUAAAAUACCCAGAGUUGAUACUGGAUAGAUCUCUGGACAGAGAAAAGGAGCCUUCGUUUAGUUUAAUACUAACAGCCACAGAUGGAGGCUCCCUGCCUAGGUCAGGGACUGCACUGAUUGAAAUUGUGGUUCUGGAUGUCAAUGACAAUGCCCCUGAGUUUGAAAGAACCCUGUAUGAGGUUCAAGUACCAGAGACCAGUUCUGUGGACUCACUGGUAAUCAAGGUGUCUGCUACAGAUUUGGAUUCGGGGAUAAACGGAGAAAUAUCUUAUUCAUUUUCUCAUAUCUCUAGAGAUGUACGGAAAACAUUUGAAAUCCAUCCAAUUUCUGGUGAAGUCCAUUUGAAAGCACUCCUAGAUUUUGAGAUAAUUCAGUCUUACACAAUAAAUGUUCAGGCCGCUGAUGGUGGUGGUCUCUCUGGAAAAUCAACCAUUAUUAUUCAGGUUACAGACGUGAAUGACAACCCACCGGAAAUAGUCAUCACUUCUCUUAUGAGUCCCAUCCCAGAGAACUCUUUGUCAGAGAUAGUGGUCACUGUUUUCAGUUUACGAGACCAAGAUUCUGGAGAGAACGGGAGAAUGAUGUGCUCCAUUCAAGACAAACUCCCUUUUCUCUUGAAACCUACUUUCAAAAAUUUUUACACUCUAGUAACCGAGCGCCCCCUGGACAGAGAGAGCAGAGCCGAGUACAACAUCACCAUCUCCGUCUCCGACAUGGGCACACCCAGGCUCACAACCCAGCACGCCAUAACAGUGCAGGUGUCCGACGUCAACGACAACGCCCCCGCCUUCACCCAAUCCUCCUACACCCUGUCUGUCCGCGAGAACAACAGCCCCGCCCUGCACAUAGGCACCAUCAGAGCCACAGACUCAGACUCUGGCUCCAACGCCCACAUCACCUACUCGCUGCUGCCACCACAGGACCCGCAGCUGGACCUCGACUCUCUCAUUUCCAUCAAUGCAGAUAAUGGGCAGCUGUUCGCGCUCAGGACGCUGGACUAUGAGGCUCUGCAGAACUUCGAGUUCCUCGUUGCUGCCACAGACCAAGGCACCCCUGCACUCAGUAGCCAGGCGCUGGUGCGUGUGCUGGUGCUGGACGACAAUGACAAUGCGCCCUUCGUGCUC